UGAGAACUUGAGAGGGUGGAGAAAUUAAAGAGGCCACGUAGAAAGAGAGAUAGAGAGGAAGAGAAAUUAACAGGAUAUAGGUGUUCACUACAUGUGCAAGUGUGUAGUGGUUCACAUGUGCAAUUUGGUCUUGGUGGUCGGAGUUUGCAGUGACUUUACACAGAUAUCUGAAGGUAAGUGACAGUCCCACAUAUUCAUCAAGAGACCAAACUGGGCACAACUAAUCACCAAGCUGAAAUCUCCCAUGCUACAUUAAGAGAGAGAGAGAGAGAGAGAGAGAGUGAGAGUGAAAGGGGAAUAACAGGGCUGUGUAAAACUUUCCGGCCUAGAUUCAUGCAAGAUUACUCCAGCAGAACGAUUACUACGCAAGAUGAGAACCUGAAGAUGAACUUACGAAAGCUUUGGCUAACAGUAUUCUUUUUACUUCAACAUUUCACAUUGUAGAGCCACAAAAGAGGACAAGACAAUAUCUGCUCUCACUAUCUUGUUCUAAGACUGAAAUAGCAGUAGAAAGCUCCAAGAGUUUUCCUUGAGUGACCUUUCAGACAAUUUGUACAUCAUGAGACUAGCUUUUAGCCAUUUACUGUUGUCUCUUGCUAUUGGACUUUGUUUCAAGUUAAUUUAUGCACAAGAGAGAAAUGAGACAGACACAAAUGUCACCACUACAUUACUAAAUUAUGAGACUGUCGAUGUAACCUUAAGUCCUGAAGUCACCGUUGAAAAUGUUGUCACUGAAUUACCGGCAACACCAGAUCAGAAUCAUGCAGUCUCCACUCCUGACUAUAAAAUAAGCACCAUGCAUGAAGAGCCAACAGUUGAGGCUACUACGCUACUCAUUACUGAGAUUGAACAAACAACAAGCCAGACAAAAUCAAAUUUGUCUGAUUCUGAAGGAACAACUGCUCAAGGACAACACACCACAAUGGCCUUGGAGCCAAUGGAAGCAAGCACCACUGCUGUGGCUAUUAGGAUAGAAACAGGUGUGACUGCACCAAUAACCUCAGAAUACCUGCCAAGCACAAUGAGUUAUGAGUUGACCAGUGCUAUGGAACACAGAGCUGAGAUCACCACAGAAGCUUUUGCCUUGACUACAGCUUCAACAGCAUGGAAUUCCACACCCAACGCUUCACAACCACCUGCAGAAGGAACCGAGUUCCCGACCAUCAUGUCCAUCCCCGAGGACACCACCUUCCUCACAUCUACCACAAAAGCCUCCACAACAACUCUGAUCUCCACCUCAAAGUUAAUCUUUCGUGGUGCUCCUGACCUGCAUUUUACACUGUCUGAAGAUGACUCUGUUUCCACCAAUUUAACACCUACCACCAUGGGUGGAUAUGUCAACCAAAGUAUUUUGCCUACACAGACCAACUGGUUAUUAAUAAUAAUAGUGUGUGUAAUCAUCAUUUGUGUGCUAUUUGGAGCCUUGCUUUUAUUUGUCCAACGGCGAAAGAAAAACGCCUCGCACAAGUUUAGCCCAGGGUACGUGAACGGACGAAGCAAGCGGUCCAUGAAAAAGAAAGGGGCGGAGGAUGAUGCGUGGGCUGGACCUGUGAAUCUAGAGGCUGGAGAGAGAGUGGAUUGUGAUGGAGAAGUACAGAGGGGUCUGCUGUCUGAUGAGGGGAGAGGGGAUGGAGAUGAUAUGGCACUCAUCACAUUUGCUGCCCUGGAAUCAGGUGACACUUCUAACGGUGGAGUGGGUGGGGACGGAACCACAGAAGGAAAGAAAUGGGAUGAGCAGGAGCCUCUGCUUUACAUAGAUGAGGAUUUGGAGGAAGCAGUGUCAGAGAAUGAGAGACAGAAAGGAGAUGAAAACAGUGGGAAACUGGAUGUGAAAGAAAUUAAGGAUUUGAAUGGAGGAGAAGCAUUCUGUCUCACCACAGCGGUUUAAAAGUUAUCUUCUAUUCAAAGAACUGACUUUUAAACAUAGGAUUGAUUUUUAUUACUUAAUGUUUUGAUUUAUUUUUGUCAUUAAGAUGGACUAAAUAAUAAUUGUAUGUAAUGUAACUCAAUAAUGGUGCAAAGUUUAAAUGCUGCUUUAAACUUCUUGUUCACUUUCCUUAAUCUAAAUAUUAGUUGAUUUUCACACUUAAUGAUCUUAUCAAAUUAUGUCCAAAUACUUUAUUUUCCAAUGCUUUUUGUAUUUGAAUUGAACAACCAAAUAAUUAUCAUGCAAACUGUUCAGAUAA